UAUAAAUGUAAAGCAUUAUAUCCUGAAUCAACUGUGGAGAGUUUCAGCACAAGAGAGAACCAGAGGAAGAGACCAAGAUAGAAAAUAUGAUAGAACACAGAUGUUCUUUGUACACUUUGUACUGUUUAAUUUUUUCUUUAUAAUUAUUAUAUUUUUAUCCUCAGUUAACUUGCAAGCUUCCCUUAAAAUGCACGUAAAAAUGUCUUCAACUUUAAUCCAAAUUUUUAUAUUGAUAUUUAUCCCAUUUAUUACAACGGGGUUCAAUUACAGUGAGUCGUACAGUGAUACAGAUCAGUGUCCCAAGGCAAAGUUUAUCGCUGGUCAACUUGGCGUGGUAAAUGUCCUCGGAUUUUUAGAUGCAACCCAGCCAUCCAGUUAUCGACAAGCAGUCAUGCUUAAAGUAUUAAAAGACCGGCUGCAACGUUCUGGACUUCCCGAAGCACUUUUUUUUUUUAUCAUCAAUAGAGUGACGAGUGAUGAAGAAAACAAUUCAAUUAGUUCUCUUAAAAGUGCGAUAGCUCCGGACAUUUUUAUAAUAGAAGACAACGAACAAUUGAAUAUUUGGAAAGAUUUUAACGGCUCAAAGGAUCAAGUUUUGGUGAUAGACCGGUGUGGGUACUUGGCCUAUCAAAUUGUAGUCCCCUGGAGCAUCCUCCAUUUUCCUUACGUCAAGGCCGCCAUCUUGUCGACCCACAAAGACGAUCCCUGUGGGCUUUGCGAUAUUUAUGCCACUGUAGUCGAGUUGGAUGAGGUUGAAACUUAUACUUUAACUUCUACUCCUACCUCAGAAGUAACUGACGCAACUGAACCAGAUGUGUCUUCUGAAGAAAAGAUUUUACCAGACUUGAAGAUAAUUAUGCACGCGCCUCAUUAUCACAUGAGCGGAGACGCGACUAAAAAACACGAGUACCUAGUUCUGGAGCACUCCAAGCCGGAUUUUCAUGGACACUUGGAUGUUCCAGACUCAUCAACGGAUGAAAGAAGUGCCAGACUAGGAGACGGAUUGAUUAUUUCUGACAGCACUGUUUAUGAGCGCGAUCAAGGUCCAGGUUUUUUUGGAGAAGUUUCUGAUAUUUUUAGAAAUUCGGAGAAUUUUCAUCAGGAAGUCGAUGAGGAUGAUGAAGAAGAAGAUGAAGAAGAGUUCAGUGACAAGUUGCAAAUUAGUCAGUCUACUGAGGCUAAUGGUCAAGAUGUUGAUGAAGAAGAAGUAAAGAGUAAGUUAAUUGCGCAUUACAGUAAAUUGUUGCCCUGGAUUUAUUAUGUCCUUGAAAAAUGAAGUAAUUUGAAAAAAAAAAAA